ACUUGUUUCCAAACAAUUGUGAACAUUACCCGAAUGUUAUCAACUAUGCAGUAUAUAUCAUAGUUUGUUUCUGAGUCUUUAUAGUGUGUAUUUCAAUGCCAAAUUUAGAUGUUGAUCAGAACGAUCAAACUUAGAUACCACUGUUGGAUUUGGAUUUUGGUUUGGAUCUGUUUUCAGUUUGGUUUAAUUAUUUGUUGGGACACUAUGGUUAUUGUUAAAACUUGGUCUGAGAUGUUUGGAAAAUUUUUCCAGUUUUUUGGAGCUUCUAUGAUCAAUUUGGGAAUUCAUACUCUUUUCUAUCAUCAGAGAAUCUGAAGGUAGUUUGCUGAGGCUUUCGGAAGCAGCCAACAUAGAUUUCUGAGAAUCUGAUCGAGUCUAUUCAUCAUUAUAGAUAGCAGCCAGAAGGGGGCCCUCAUGAGUAAUGAAGGUGUUAAAGAUUUAUUAGUCAUGGAACUGCGUCAAUACAAGAGCAACCAAUCAAAAAUAAGGUCUACCCCAAAAGAGACAUUUAAUCAAUCCCGCUGCCUUAUCUGUAUGGGGAACAAAAGUUGUCAAACAGUUCAUUCAAGAACAAAACUGAUGAAUACUUUGAUUGGAAAAGGGAAGCCACAGGAAGCUCAGGCCAUCUUCAACAAUUUGACUGAAGAAGGACAUAGGCCCACGCUUAUAACAUACACAACUCUUGUGGCUGCCCUAACCCGCCAAAAGCGUUUCAAGUCCAUUCCUUUACUUCUUUCUAAAGUUGAAGAGAAUGGAAUGAAGCCUGAUUCAAUACUUUUCAAUGCCAUGAUCAAUGCCUUUUCUGAUUCUGGCAAGCUAGAUGAAGCCAUGAACAUCUUUCAGAAAAUGAAGCAGUAUGGGUGUAAACCUACAACUAGUACAUUUAAUACCCUCAUUAAAGGAUUUGGAAUUGCUGGAAGGCCUUACGAAUCUAUGAAAUUGCUAGAUAUGAUGGAUCAGGAAGAAAAUGUCAAACCCAAUGAGAGAACAUAUAAUAUUCUCAUCCAAGCUUGGUGUACCGAGAAGGAACUGGAAGAGGCGUGGAAUGUUGUGCAUAAAAUGGUGGCCUCUGGCUUGCAGCCUGAUGUUGUCACAUACAACACACUGGCAAGGGCAUAUGCUCAGAAUGGUGAGACAGAUAAAGCAGAAAGGUUAAUAUUGAAAAUGCAGUACAACAAGGUGAGGCCUAAUGAACGAACUUGUGGUAUCAUAAUAAGCGGUUAUUGUAAGGAAGGAAAUAUGACAGAUGCCCUGAGGUUUCUAUACAAAAUGAAGGAGCUUGGAGUACACCCAAAUCCAGUAGUUUUCAACUCUCUCAUCAAAGGAUAUUUAGACAUGACAGACACAAGCGGAGUGGAUGAAGCAAUGACAUUGAUGGAAGAAUUUGGGAUCAAACCAGAUGUAGUGACAUUCAGCACCAUCAUGAAUGCAUGGAGUUCAGCAGGGCUUAUGAACAAUUGUGAGGAGAUAUUCAAUGACAUGGUAAAGGCUGGGAUAGAACCUGACAUCCAUGCUUAUAGCAUCCUUGCAAAAGGCUAUGUGCGUGCUGGACAGCCACUAAAAGCAGAGGCUCUUCUGACUUCCAUGACCAAAUUUGGUGUACAACCAAAUGUAGUGAUCUUCACCACCAUCAUCAGUGGAUGGUGUGCUGCAGGCAAAAUGGAUCGUGCUAUUAGACUUUAUGGGAAAAUGCAUGAAAUGGGAACUCCCGCAAAUUUGAAAACUUAUGAAACUUUAAUGUGGGGGUAUGGAGAAGCAAAACAACCAUGGAAAGCAGAAGAGUUACUUAUUACAAUGGAAGAGAGGGAUGUUGCUCCGGAAACGUCCACUAUUCAACUGGUUGCUGAUGCUUGGCGUGCCAUUGGUUUACUUACAGAAGCCAACAGAAUUCUAAAUGGUUCAGAAGAAGUAUCUCAGGUAGAUAAAAAAUUUGAUGGUGACAAAGUACCAGUCCAGAGUUUGGAGAGGAUUUAUAAGAAAGAGAAACUCAGUGCUUCUCACUCUAAUCUGCUGCAAGUACCUGAAGUGGUGGUAGCUCAUCCAGAAAGAACAAUUAAUGGCAACAUAAGGAGCCAAAUGGUAGUAAAAGCAUCUAACAGCAUGCGGAAUGCUACCAUUUCCAUGGUUUUUGUUCGCACAAGUUCAUAUUGGGUACAGCCAUUGGUUUUAAGUAAGCAGCAAAUUCAAAAUCAGAUUGUUAGGCCUUUCCUUAACUGUUGCAGAGUAGUGUCAAUACAUUGUUGAGGUGACUUUCAGCCGUGGUGAUCUUUAUAUUAAUUCUUGAUGAAACACAAAUCAUGUCUGAAAUAUAUUUAUUUGCUGCCAUGAAAGUACACCAUGCUGAUGUAAAUUGCAUUCCGGGACUUCAGAAAUCAGAUCAUACACUAUAGAGUUUUGACAAAAUGGUGGUGUAAAUUGCAUUUGUUGAACUGCUGCUACUUGUAUUCACUAGCCAAUGAAAUGUACAAGAUACAUGGCUGCAGAAUUAUGUAUAUUGCUCAUUGUUGGGAAAUGUUACUUUUAUAGUUUUAUAUAU